CUGCUGCGCUUGGCUGUUGCUGCCGCGCUGUUCGUCAGCGCAGAGGGCCUGCUCGGCUCGGUGGCGCGGGCGACGGCGCCCGCCGCCGCGUGCUCGCGCGCCGACCUCGCGAUGCGCGUCUUCGACUGGAAGACGCGCGGCUCCGAGGCGCCCACGCUCGAGGGGCUCGACCUGGGCUCGCUCUCAAAGUCGCCUGGCUCGGCGCACCGCGCGGCGCGCAAGGGUCGCGGCAUUUCGGCGGGGCAGGGCGCGACGUGCGGCUUCGGCACCCGUGGCCAAAAGUCGCGCAGCGGCCACUCCACCCGCCCCGGCUUUGAGGGCGGCCAGAUCCCGCUCUACCGCCGUCUCCCCAAGUUCGUGGGCCGGCCCACCGGCCCCGGGCACACGAAGACCGAGUACGAGAUCAUCAAGGUCUCCGCCCUCAACCAGCUCGACGACGGCGCCGAGGUUGACUAUGCGGCCCUGCUGGCGGCGCGUGCCGUCUCAAAGUCCAAGCGGAAGCUCAACAAGGUGGUGGGCGCCGCGGACAAGCUGACCGUCAAGAACCUGAAGGUUCGCGCGCACGCCUUCACCUCCUCCGCCCGCGCCGAGAUCGAGGCGCUCGGCGGAUCUUGCAUCGAGCUCUCGCCCACGACUGGCGAGCCAGUGGCAGCGUGAGACGGCUGCGUGAGACGUUCGGCUGCGUGAGACGUCGCCGCGAGGGAGGUGGUGCAGAGGGGCGAGGCGGCGUCAACUCGCGGCUGGAUUGGCCUCUAACACACACUUUGAGAGAGGCUCCUUUGCCCUGCCCCGCUGCCGCGCGCCCUAUAAGCCGUAUCCGUAUGUGCCUUGGACAUUUCUGAUUUUUCACGAUGUGCUGUGGUC